ACGUGAACGAUAUGAAACAAUUGCUUCGAACAAAUCGGUUGAGUUCAUUAAUAAAGACGGAAGAGUGAAAUAUAUGAUCUUUUGAAGUAUUUUUGAGAGAUGGUGCAAUACCAGGAGGGAACCGUUUCUAGUUCUUUAGUUUUUUUUGUUAACGGAAAGCGGAUUCAGGAUGAUCAAGUGGAUCCAGAAUGGACUUUGUUGUAUUACUUGAGGACUAAGUUAAGAUUAUGUGGUACGAAACUUGGUUGUGGCGAAGGAGGAUGUGGAGCCUGUACUGUGAUGGUGUCCAAAAUAGACCGAACCAGCAACAAAAUUAUACACCUUCCAGUUAAUGCUUGUUUGGCUCCAGUGUGUGCAAUGCACGGACUUGCUGUCACUACUGUGGAAGGCAUAGGUUCAACCAAAACUAAAUUACACCCUGUACAAGAAAGGAUCGCCAAAGCGCACGGUUCACAAUGUGGUUUUUGUACACCUGGUAUAGUUAUGUCGAUGUACACUUUAUUAAGGAAUUCGCCAAAACCGUCGAUGAAAGAAAUGGAAGUUGCUUUUCAAGGAAAUCUUUGUAGAUGUACUGGUUACAGACCAAUUAUCGAAGGUUUUAAAACUUUCACGGAAAAAUGGGGAAUACUGCAAAACGGGCACAGUUUAAAUAUUACUAACGGUAAUGGUGUAUGUGGAAUGGGGGACAAAUGUUGUAAACUACAAAACGGUACCAACAAAGAGGAAGACGAAGUUUUAUUCCAAUCCAGCGAGUUCACCCCUUAUCAUCCAUCCCAGGAGCCAAUAUUUCCUCCUGAACUCAAACUAUAUGAUAAAUACGAUAAGGACUACGCUAUUUUCAAAGGUACCAACGUUACUUGGUACAGACCAAUUAUGUUAAGUCAACUUUUGGAUUUGAAAGAAAAAUAUCCUAAUGCUAAGAUAGUGGUGGGUAAUACAGAAGUUGGUGUAGAAAUAAAAUUCAAACAAAUGGUAUAUCCUGUUAUAAUUCAACCAGUACAAAUUCCAGAAUUAGUUCAAAUACAACAAACGUCGAAAGGUGUUAAAGUUGGAGCUUCCGCGACGUUGAUCGAUACAGAAAUGUUCCUUAGACAACAAAUUAAAGAGCAACCGGAGUAUAAAACAAGAAUAUUUAGAGGCGUAGUUGAAAUGAUGAAUUGGUUCGCAGGAAAACAAAUACGCAGUGUCGGUGCUUUAGGUAGUAAUAUAAUGACUGGUAGCCCAAUAUCAGAUAUGAUUCCAGUACUGAUGGCUGCCAAAGCAACUUUAGAAUUCCUCAGUAAUAAAAAUGGUAUUAGGGAAGUUACGUUGGACAAUAACUUCUUUAUAGGUUAUAGAAAAAGUAUUAUUAAACCAGAUGAGAUACUUUUUUCGAUAUUAAUACCUUACACAACCGAAUGGCAGUAUUUUGUAGCAUACAAACAAGCUCGACGCAGAGAAGACGACAUAGCUAUUGUUAAUGAAGCUGUUAAUGUGUCUUUUAAACGAAAUACGAAUCUAAUAGAAGAAAUAAGUUUUGGUAUUGGCGGUAUGUCGUUCAAAACUGUAUCAGCUCCGAAAACGGAGGCUAAAUUAAAAGGUUUACCAUGGAAUAAAUCAACAGUAGAUCUAGCUUUGGAAACAUUACUAGAAGAUUUACCUUUAGAUCCAGGUGCACCGGGUGGCAUGAUAUCUUAUAGAAGAUCAUUACCCAUGAGUCUAUUCUUCAAGGCUUUUCUUAGUAUAUCAUGUGAGCUCCGAAAACGUUUACCAAACAUUGAAUUAGAUCAAAGAGAAUUAAGUGGAGCUUCUGGGUUUUCUAGUCACGAUUAUAAAAGUUCGCAAUAUUUCCGAGUUGCACCAGAAACUCAAGAGAAAACAGAUGCUGUGCACAGACCUAUAGUGCACAUGUCAGCUUAUAAACAAGCAACUGGCGAGGCAGUGUACAAUGACGAUAUACCUAUGUUUGAAGGAGAACUUUAUUGUGCUUUCGUAUUAAGUACAAAACCGCACGCUAAAAUUGUAAGCAUAGAUGAAUCAGAAGCAAUGGCAAUGGAAGGCGUGCAUGGAUUCUUUAGUGGCAAAGAUGUUGAUAAAAGUUUCAAAUGGGGAUCUAUCUUCCACGACGAAGAAAUAUUUUACUCCGAAAAAGUAACUUCCGUAGGUCAAAUAAUAGGUUUAGUAGUGGCCGAUACUCAAGCGAUCGCUCAAAGGGCGGCGAAAAAAGUGAAAGUAAUUUACGAAGAAUUAGAACCAGUGAUAAUCAGUAUUGAAGAUGCGGUUAAGCAGCAAUCGUUUUUCGAAUCUUCGCCAAUAAUAAUUAGAGGAGAUGUUGAUAAAGUAUUCAAAGAAGCUCCUCACGUACUAGAAGGAGAAUGCAGAAUGGGAGGUCAAGAACACUUUUAUUUUGAGACACAAAGUUGUAUAGUUAUCCCCAAAGCAGAAGACCACGAAUUAGAAAUAUUUUCAUCAACACAAAAUCCUAGUGAAGUAUCAACUUUAGUCAGUGAAGCUUUGGGUAUACCCCAAAAUAAAAUUAUAACGAGGGUGAAACGUUUGGGUGGUGGAUUUGGAGGUAAAGAAUCUAAAGCUGCUAUGUUAGCCAUACCGAUAGCUGUUGCUGCUAAAAUAUUAAAUAGACCGCUAAGAUGCAUGUUAGAUAGAGACGAGGAUAUAGUAAUGACAGGUGCCAGACAUCCUUUCUAUUAUAAAUAUAAAGUAGCUUUUGAUAACGAUGGUAAAAUCCUUGGUUGUGACGCAGAACUUUAUUCUAAUGCUGGAUAUUCACGAGAUCUUUCCUCAUCAGUAAUGGAUAGAGCGAUAACUCAUAUCGAUAACGCGUACAAAAUACCAGCAUGCAAAGUAAUAGGUACACCAUGUAAAACUAAUUUACCUUCAAAUACUGCUUUCCGUGGUUUCGGCGGCCCGCAGGGAAUGUAUUUAGCCGAAACGAUGGUACAACACAUUGCUACGUAUCUAAAUAAAGAUCCUGCUUCUGUAAGUGAAAUUAAUUUGUACAAACAAGGUGACCUCACUCAUUAUAAUCAAUUAGUUGAAAAUUGUACCUUGGAUAAAUGUUGGAAGGAAUGUUUAAGUACUUCAGAUUAUAAUAAUCGGAAGAAAAGAGUUGAGGAAUUCAAUAGAUUAAAUAAAUAUAAAAAACGAGGCCUUAGUGUUAUCCCUACGAAAUUCGGAAUUGCAUUUGGAGUUUCCUUCUUGAAUCAAUCGGGAGCCUUAGUCCUAAUUUACAAAGAUGGAUCGGUUCUUUUGUCACAUGGAGGUGUUGAAAUGGGACAAGGUCUACACACGAAAAUGAUCCAAGUAGCGAGUAGAGCUUUGGGGAUUCCAGUUGAAAAAAUUCACAUUAGUGAAACAGCUACCGAUAAAGUACCCAAUACGUCCGCUACGGCUGCUAGUACUGGAUCGGAUUUAAACGGAAUGGCGAUCAUAAAUGCUUGUGAUAUUUUGAAUAAACGAUUAAAGCCGUAUAAAGAAGCGAAGCCCAACGCAACUUGGGAAGAAUGGAUAAAAACUGCCUAUUUGGAUAAAGUGAGUUUAGCAUCGACGGGUUUUUAUAAAACUCCAGAUAUAGGUCACAACUUUCAAACUGGCGAAGGAAGGUUAUACAAUUACUUCACCUUUGGUGCAGCUUGUUCCGAAGUUGAAAUUGAUACACUCACCGGUGAUCACCAAGUAUUAAGAACAGAUAUUGUUAUGGAUUUAGGAGAAAGUUUGAAUCCAGCAAUUGACAUAGGGCAAGUUGAAGGGGCAUUUAUGCAAGGCUAUGGAUUAUUCGUUCUUGAAGAGUUGUUGUAUACUCCUAGAGGAGAAACUAUAACACGAGGUCCCGGUACAUAUAAGAUUCCUGGAUUUGGUGAUAUUCCAAAUGAAUUUAAUGUUUCUUUAUUGAAAGGAGUCUCUAAUCCAAGGGCUGUUUAUUCCUCCAAGGCAGUUGGAGAACCACCUUUGUUCCUAGCAAGUUCGGUAAUGUUCGCUAUUAAAGAUGCAAUAAAAGCAGCCAGAGCAGAAAAUAAUGUUACUGGAUAUUUUAGACUAGACGCACCUAUUACUUCGGCAAAAAUUAGAAUGGCCUGUCAUGAUAAUAUUACCUCGAAGAUUCCAGAGCCGAAGCCAGGAACUUUCAAACCAUGGAAUAUUGUAGCUUAAAAUAUUAAUGUAUAUAUAUGUAAUAAAUAAUUUUAACUGUGU